CUGAUCUUGCAUCUCGCCUGCUGCUCUGAAGACUUCUCCGGCCAGCCAUGAGCCAUGGGAAACUUUUCUGCGGCAAGAUUUCUUCAACCGCCCGGGUCAUCGGCGGCGGGGAAGCGCGUCCGUGAUCCGUCAGUGCGCCGGCAGGGGUCGGCCGCCGGCGGCCACAGCGACGUGCGCCAGCUAUAAUAAACAUACACACCCCAGGGUUCGCUUUCAGGCAGACGGCGCUCUUCCGCGGCCGCCGCGGCAUCGAUGGACCGCCGAUGAUGACGCGGACGCGCCACCUAACGUACGAGACAUCGCCGUCAGUGAUGGAUGCGCCUGGACUGGAGGGACGGUCAAGGGAGGGGGAUCUUUGGUCAGACCUCUCCUCCUCUAACCGGUAAUGGGGCCGUUGAGGUCAGUGUCACUGUGAUAUCAUAUCAUACUUUUUUUACCUUUAUUUACUUUGACAGUGAGUGUAACCAUGUUAUUAUUACUUUCUUCUGCACCGGUUAACACCCCUGCAGUUGAUUUUUAAAACAGGCAGUUUUGCAGGGGUUUUCCUGCUCUACCCAAUCAUCAGUGAAAUGAUGGUGUGUGCAUUACCACAUCAGGGAGAAUUUUAAAAUUUUACAGUUGAAAUAGUUGGUGGUAAUAAUGACUAAUUGCCAAUGGCAGCAGAAGAGGAGUUGUUUUACCUUGUAGGCAAGCCUGUGAUGAGAUCCUGGGAGCUGGCCAUCCACUUCUUGCAAAUCCUGCAUUAUAUUAUGUCAGCAUGCACCAUCAAUGAAUCAUUGACAUUGUCACCUCCUGGCACCAAGUUACUAUUAUACUAACCCACUGGGGAAAAAUUAAGGAUAAAAUGUCACUUGUAAGCAUAGAAACAUAUUGGAGAAAAAAAAUAGCCCUUAGAAAGAAUAUUCCAAGAGCGCCUAUGGAAGAUUUGUCUGAUCUUUGUGUUGCAAUUUCGCAGACCGUGAUCGAAAGGGCAUCCGUUUGAAACAGCGUGCCGCUUUUCUGUUCAUACCUGCCUGGUGUAAGAGUUUUCUAGGGUGUUCCCUGUUAAAUAUUUAGGCAUACCUCUCCAACAAGGCAAGCUGUCUAGGAGUGAUGUUCAGCCCCCUUACAGAUUAAAUCCAAUGUAGGAUAGCUAUACGGAGAGGAAAGCUCCUUUUUUUUUAUGCAGGCAGGAUCAUAUUGAUCAAAACCUAGUUGGCUAGUAUUCCUAUUUACCUCCUUUCCUUUCUUAAAUUUCCUAAGAGGGUCGUGGAUCGUAUGAACACUCAAAUGGCUAACUGCCUAUAGGACGAUUUUGAGGGGUGUAGGAAAAUUCAUGUAGCCAACUGGCCUAUAGUUGCUACGAAAAAAGAUUAUGGGGAUUUGGGUAUCCCAAGCAUCCAUGACUUAAACAUUUGUUUGCUAGGGGCUUGGGUUAAAAGGAUAUAUAUAUGCUUCGAGAAGAUAGAAGGGGAAAACUAUUAAGCAGGUUUGGGAUGGAUCCACCCGUAUACUCUCUGAGGGGAGUGAUUCCCUAGUCUGGAGCUCUGGAAUUUACUCCACUGAUUCCCUAGUCAGACUGAGGAUUAUUUAUUUUGCGUUGAAGCUGAAAGUGUUUGGCAUUUCUCCUUUGAGUGUGCUGUUGCUCUGAAUAUCCGGAGAGAUAUCAGUGUUUUCUUUGGUUAACUUCCUCUCUCUGGGUAGCUGGAGAAAAGCUUCUUGUGCUUAAUUCUGUUAGUGCUGCUGUUCUUCUAUUGUUCUGGAGCAAGUUGACUUGGUUACGCAGGCUUCUUUCUGAGAAUGGAGCCGGGGAGCUCUCCAUGUUUUUCUAUUGAAAAAAUAAUUUUAAACUGAUUCUGUUCCCUUGCCUGUUCUUCCAUCGCCUGCACUGAAGAUGUCUCCAGUCCAGCCAGCCAUGAGAAAUUUCCCUCGCCUGUUCCUGCAUCUCGCCUGCUGCUCUGAUGAUUUCUCCAACCAGCCAGCCAGCCAUGAGAAGCUUUCUGAGACGAGAUUUCUUCAACCAUCCCGGGUCAUCGGCGGCGAAGCGCGUCCGUCAGUGCGCCGGCGUUCACAGCGACGGCCGCCAGCUAUAACUAAUAAACAUACAUAGCCAAGGUUUCGCUUUCAAACACACGGCGCUCUUCUGCAGCCGCCGUGCCAUCAAUCACUAAUGAAGCCGACACGCCACCUAAUGAAACAUCACCGUCAGUGAUGGAUGUACCUGGACUGGAGCAGAUCUUUGGUCAGAAACUCUUCUUCUCUAAACGGUAAUGAGGCCGUUGAGGUCAGUGUCAGACUAUCAGCGCAAUUAUACUUUUUACUUUGACAGUGAGUGUAACCAUGUUAUUACUUUCUUCUGCACCAGUUAACACUCCUGCAGUUGAUUUUAAAACAGGCAAUUUGCAGUGGUUUUUCUACAACCCAAUCGUCAGUGAAAUGAUGAUGUUUGUGAUGAGAUCCUGGGGAAUGGCCUUCCACUUGCAAAUCUUGCAUUAUAUUAUGUCAACAUGGAUCAUCAAUGAGUCAUUGAUAUUGUCACCCCCACCUAGAAGUAAGUUACUACUAUUACCUCCAUCCCAAAUUAGUGUCUAGGUACAUCCGUAUCUAGACAAAUCUAAGACAACUAAUUCAGGACGGAGGGAGUGUUAUAUUAAACCACUGGGGAAAAUUAAGAAUGCAGCUGUACUACUAACCAUAGAAACGUUGAUAUGUUGGAGAAAAAUAUAGUGCUUAGAAAGAAUAUUCCCAGAGCACCAAUACAAGAUUUGUCUGAUCUUUGUGUUGCAAUUUUCGGUUCAUACCUGCCUGAUGUAAGCCUUCUAGGGUACACCUGUUCUUCAGAGGCCGGUUCUUCCACUGAUGAGACAAAAUGAGAAGGAUGGAAUCUUUGCCUGAACUUUGUACUCCAGUUUUUCUUAUCUGUUCUUGCAUCACUUGCUCAGAAGAUUUCUCCAGCGGUAAGAAAUUUUCUGCGAAAAGAUUUCUUCAAUCAUCCCGGGCCAUUAGCGGCGAAGCGCGUCCGUGCGCCGGCAGGGUCGGCUGCCAGCGAUCACAGCAAUGGGCAACAGCUAUUAUAAACAUAGGUGAAGUCUGUUUCAACGAUACUCUUCUGCAGCCGCCGCGGCAUCGAUCGCCGGUGACACUGGCACGCCACCUAAAGAAGCCUCGCCAUCGGUGAUGAACGUAUCUGGAUGGACGGUCGAUAGAGAUCUUGGUCAAAGCCCUCCUCUAAACGGAAAUGGGGCCAUUAAGGUCAGUAUCAGUGUAAUAUCAUACUUUUACUUUGACAGUGAGCGUAACCAUGUUAUUACUUUCUUCUCCACCAGCUAAUACGUCUGCAGUUACUUUAAAACAGGCAAUUUGCAGGGCAUUUGCUGAUUACCCACCCAAUCAUACAGUUGUGAUUUAGUUAGUACUUAGUAGCAAUAAUAAGUAAUUGACAGUGGCAGCAGAAAUGUCCCGAAGGCCAUCGCCGUCAAGGCGCCAACCAACACGCAUCAACGACUAAACAAGAUGAGAGUUGUUUUACCUUGUAGGCCUGUGAUGAGAUCCUGGGGACUGGCCAUCCACUUCUUGCAAAUCCUGCAUUAUAUUAUGUCAGCAUGCGUCAUCGUUGAUGCUGUCACCCCCUGGCUGCAAAUUGCUAUUUUAUUAAACCAUUUGGGGAAAAGAAAAAUUAAGAACACAAUGAUACUACUAAGCAUAGAAAAGUUUGAUCUCUUGGAGAGAAAAAAACAUCACUUAGAAAGAAUAUUCCAUGAGCACCUAUAGAAGAUUUGUCUGACCUUUGUGUUGCAGUUUUGCAGACCAUGAUCAAAAGAGCAUCCGUUUGAAAUCGCGUGCAGUUUCCGUGUUCAUACCCGCCUGAUGUAAGCCUCCUUCUAGGGUACACCUGUUCUUCGACGCGUAAGCGGACAAAUUCUACAGAGCCCAGUUCUUUCCACUGAUGAGACAAAAAUGAGAAGGAUGGAAUCUUUGCCUCUGACUGCAGGGAAGAUACCCAAAUCAGUUAGUUUAGUGUCAGGCUAUCGCAGUUUUUAAAUUAGCGUGGUGUCUUAAUGUGCCUGAGUUCUUCUGCCAAGUACCCUUUCUUAGUUUAAUGAGUGUUUUAGGUGGGAUUCUAUUUUACAAUAUCUUAUUUGUUCCACUAUGGUUGCUUGAGUUCUCACACAUUACAAGUGCACUAGUACUAAAGACAGCUUUUAGGAACUAUUUCAGUCAAUCAUCAGCAGAGGGGUGAGGUGAGCUGAGGAGGAGUUCAUGGAGAUGGAGGGCCGGGGUCUGUCUGACCUGUUCAGGAACACCAGCGAGGAGAUCUUCCUCAAGGCGGUGAUGGAGAACUCGAUCGGAGUGGCGGCGCCGCCGAGCAUGGAGAUGAUGGGGUUCAGAAACAUGUCGCAGAGCUUCAGAGAAGACAGCGAGGAGUUGUUCAACAGCUGGCUUAUGAAUGGAGAGAUUCCAGGCUUUAGUCACCUGAAUAACCGGCCUCGACAACCAUCUAGGUUGUCAUCAGAGGCAGGUGCCUUUCCUAAUCAACAACAUGACAUUGCUCGGCAAAAUUUUCUCGCCGACAACUUGAUCCCUGAGAAUUGUGCAGUUCCUCCUGAAUACACGAAUAACCAUAACCAGCAACCACUCAAGAAUGCAGCAGAGAAAGGGAUGCAAGCCAGUGAUCUACUUUUGGCAAAGACCUGGUUUCACUGCACUCAACCAAUGACUAGAAGCAGAUCUUCAGAACUGAGGAGGCGGUAUGCUGCAAUGCAAAGCAAUGUGUCACCAAUAACUACAGGAACUAUGAGAGCAGCAAACCAACUGAGACUAGAUUUUACCAACACAAAUGCAGCAAAUAGUGCCCCAAUGGGCAGCACUCCACUUCAGGCUUCGACAUUUGUAUCUCCUUCAUGUUCAUCGACUUCCCCCUUGGACAAUCCUCAUAUGCUUGCGCAAGAUACUGUUACCUCAGUGGUGAGCAUGCUCAAGGAUACGCUCGAGCGUAAGAAGCUCAGUAGCCCUGCCAGCAGAGACAUGCCGCAUGGCAACCCUUUUGGGUUUUACGACAACCAGCAGUUUCAACACAACAUUCUUGGAGGAACAGAUAUGAUCCCCUUGGUGACCAAUGGACAUGUUCAGGACUCCCUGAUGCUUCCUGAAGUCGAGAGGCCCACGGAACCAAACGCCGAGAACUUUGUCGCUCCCGCAAGCCAGAUUUGGAUCAGUGCUGCGUCUCGUGAACCUUCACAGAGUGGAUCGUCUAAUGCUCUGACGGCUCAGUCAGCUGGUUUUGAAGUGUGUGAUGAGCUACGUCCAAUGGGGCAAGGACUGUCUGUGUGUGAGAGCAAUAGGAAAAAUGUUGCGAAUGGGACAGCUGACUGCAGAUCAAACGGCAAAGAUUACAGAGAGAAGGUACUAAAAGAUAAUUUGAAGGAUGAAAGAAAGAGAGUGGCCCUGACACGAAUGGGAUCCAUCUCAUCAGAACAAGCAGUUGAUAGAGGAGAUCCUACGAAGAAACGGAGGGUUGAGCGCACACGCAAAAUGGCAGAAGCAAAGGAAAGAAGUUCAACCCCGGUAAUACCAACAGACAUGCAAGCGGUGCUCAAGCGCUGCGAAAACCUAGAGAAGGAGGUCAGGUCACUAAAGCUUAACUUGUCAUUCAUGAACCGGAAGGAUUCAGAACAGACGAAGCAGAUCGAGGAUCUUCAGAAGCAAAACGAGGACAUGGCGGAAGAGAAGGAGAGGCUGAUAGAGGAGAUUGAACGAAUGGCCUCUGACUCCACGGCAUGAUCGCUGGCCUAGCACUUCCUGCUUUAUAAACUAAUAGCAGCGGACUUGGCCUAGCACUUCCUGCUUUAUAAACUAAUAGCAGUGGACUUGGAAAGAGUCCCUGCUCACUAGAUACAGAUAUACACCCAAUUAUAGUUGAUGGUCUGAAUGUACCAUUCAUUUCGUUCUAUGUUCCUAUUGUAAUCUUUAACAUGUACUAGUACCGACAAGAACAGAUUGGUAAUUGCAUCUUUAAUUCAGAUUGCAA